GUACAAAUUUUAUUCGUUCUUUCCCACUCACUUUCAGCUUUCGAGAAGUACCCAAACAAACAAUGAAUAAGUUUGACUGCAACCCAUUGCUUUUUUGAAAGUCAAAACUUUAGCUUAUUUUAAUAUUUUCACCCAUGUUUUUAAUCACCAAAUGUUUGAAUUUAUGCCGCUUUGACUUUCUCACAUUCAACCUAUAAAUGACUUUUUAGUUCUUCUUCUCCUUCAUUCCCCUCAACCUUAACCUUAAGCUCACAACAAUGAGCGGAUCCAGAGAACUGCAGACUAAAUUCAAAGGCGUUCGUCGCCGGAAAUGGGGGAAAUGGGUGUCGGAGAUUCGCGUUCCGGGCACGCAAGACCGCCUGUGGCUGGGCACCUACGCCACCCCGGAGGCGGCGGCGGCGGCGCACGACGUCGCCUUUGUCUGCCUGAGGGAGAAGGCGGCGCCGGAGAAGCUGAACUUCCCAAUGCUGGUGCUGCCCGCCGGAGUUGGGUGGGGGAUGUCGCCGGAGGCUGUGCAGAAAGCCGCCUCCGACGCCGGCAUGGCUGUAGAUGCGCGGAGACGCGGUGGUUUCCCUCCGCCGGAUGUCGCGGAUGGAAGAGGGCGGGGCCAGUCCGCCGGAGAGGAACAAGGUGAUGACCAAGCUUUGAGUGUUUCAGUUGAGGAUUACUUGUAGAGUACUGAUCCAUGAAAAGUUACUGUGGAGUGGGUUAUAAUGGUUUGAAUGAAUGGAGGUGAUUGGU